AUGCCUAAAGUUCAGGAUUGUUGCAAUCCAAAAUCAGGCGUUUGCGUUGGCGAUCGAAUUAUAUCGAUUGGCGGCGAAUCGCUUGAUGGUGAAGAUCGCCUUCGAGCCGUUGAGCUCGUGAAACGGUGCGGCGAGAAAGUGCGAAUGACGAUUGCCCGUCUCGACGGCAUUAUUCGACACGAGCGGAAUGUUUCGAACGAGCUUCUCACGGUGGCGGCGGCGGCGCGAAAAAAAUCGUCGAGCUCAUCGGCCGGCAAAGACUCGCUGAACGCGCCGAAGGCGACCGGCGCGUCGAGAACACCGCCGGCACCGCGGCGCGCGGCGAAUCGCCGCCAACGCGCUGUCAGUGAUUUUGGCGCGAUUGGCGAUGGACUUCCGACGUUGGAUGGCGACAAUCUGAUCAAUAUCAAAGCGAUUUCGGGACUUCAAAUCGAUGAAUCGGACGAUGAGAAGGGCGAAUACCGCCUGCCGACGACAUCGAUGUACGCGUUCGACCGCGACGACGAUUUGCAGCAAUCGACGAAAGAGUCGACGAAGGCGAUGAAGGCGACGGAGACGACGACGCUGAGAAGCGGAGAGAUUCGCAAGUAUCGAUAUGCUCGACGAUCGAAUUUGGAGAUGACGGAAGAGGUCGAAGAGGACGCCGCCGAAUCGUCGGACGAUGACGGGCACAUUGAUGAGACGAAGCGAGUCAUUGAUGUCGAGCUGGAGCGGAAUCAGAACGGCUCGCUGGGAGUUCAGAUUGCCUCGUUGGGUGGCCGCGUGUGCAUUAAGCAGCUCACCUCGGAGCCGGCUCUUUCCCAUCCGGACAUUCGUGUUGGCGAUCUUCUUCUCUACGUCAAUGGUGUCGCCGUGGAAGGGAAAACUCAUCAGGAAGUGGUGGCGAUGCUCAGAGGUGGUGGCGAUCGGGUGGUUCUUGGCGUUCAGCGGCCACCGCCGGCCUAUGAGAGCAAUAAGGUGACUGCGACGAGCAAUCGGAUCAGUGUGAUACUGCAGAAGAAGCCGAUGGGAACGUUGGGAUUGUCAUUGGCGAAGCGGACCAUGAGCGACGGGAUCUUUAUUAGAAAUAUCGCCAAAGAUUCAGCGGCGGAGCACGAAGGUACUCUUCGCGUUGGGGACCGUCUAGUUUCCCUAGACGGCGAACCCGUCGACGGAUUAACCCCGACGGUGAUUCUGGACAAGCUCAAAGCUGUUCAGGGUCCCGUCCAGAUAACUGUGACGCGUGAAACCGGCGCAAAUUAA